UUCCCAACCAUUUCAAGAGGGACACUGAACACAGGCUCCGUGCCACACGUUGUUGGCGGUGGUACCGCAGCUGUAGCACUAGGCCGAGAUCACAUCCAGAGAUGCUGGAGGAACCCGACGGGAGUUCAGCUGGUCUACUCCACCCUAAUCGCGCCUGAGGGCGGGACCAAGUCUGAGAAGGAGGAAGCCGGAAGUUAGAUGUCGGGAACCACGCUGUGCACCGGCUUGUCUCAGUUUCUAGUGGUUUGCUUCUGACUACCAACCGGGUCUGACCCUUGGGUGGUGCGUUCUUACUCAGGUCCAGGGUCUGCUACCCGGCUCUGUCCCAAGCGAGGGGCUGUUUACGUGCGCGCUGUUAGGUGGGACCAGACAGUGCAGUCACCUGCCAGCAGAGGGCGUGUAUACGCUAGAGUGGAUCAAAGUGACCACGGUGUGGCCAUGGGUACAGCACUUGUGUACCACGAGGAUAUGACAGCCACCCGGCUGCUCUGGGAUGAGUAAGUGUGUCUUGACAGAAGUAGGGGGCCGGGAGGAAACUCUGAACACUGAGAUCCUUGUCUACUCUAGCCCCGAGUGCGAAAUUGAGUGUCCAGAGCGCCUGACUGCAGCCCUGGAUGGCCUGCGGCAGCGUGGCCUGCAACAAAGGUGCCUGUGUUUGACAGCUUGUGAGGCAUCAGAGGAAGAGUUGGGCCUGGUGCACAGCCCAGAAUAUGUAGCCCUGGUGCGGAGGACCGAGACCCUGGACAAGGAGGAGCUCCAGGCACUGUCUAAGCAGUUUGAUGCUGUCUACUUCCACCCGAACACUUUUCACUGUGCCAGGCUAGCUGUGGGGGCUGCACUGCAGCUGGUGGAUGCUGUGCUAACAGGAGCUGUGCACAAUGGGCUUGCCCUGGUGAGGCCUCCAGGACACCACAGUCAGAAGGAGGCUGCCAAUGGAUUUUGUGUGUUCAACAAUGUGGCUAUAGCAGCCAAACAUGCCAAGCAGAAAUAUGGGCUGCAGAGGAUUCUUAUUGUCGACUGGGAUAUCCACCAUGGCCAGGGCAUCCAGUACAUCUUCGAUGAUGACCCCAGUGUCCUUUACUUCUCCUGGCACCGCUAUGAGCAUGGGCGCUUCUGGCCAUUCCUUCAAGAGUCCGAUGCACAUGCGGUUGGGCAAGGGCAGGGCCAAGGCUUCACCGUCAAUUUGCCCUGGAAUCAGGUUGGAAUGGGGAAUGCUGACUAUUUGGCUGCCUUCCUGCAUGUGCUGCUCCCGUUGGCCUUUGAGUUUGACCCUGAGCUGGUGCUGGUCUCAGCAGGAUUUGACUCUGCCAUCGGGGACCCUGAGGGGCGGAUGCGAGCCACACCCGAAUGCUUUGCCCACCUCACACAGCUGCUGCAGGUGCUGGCUGGUGGCCGGAUUUGUGCUGUGCUAGAGGGUGGAUACUACCUGGAAUCCCUAGCACAGUCAGUGUGCAUGAUGGUGCAGACACUGCUUGGUGACCCCACACCCCCCCUUCUUGGACUCAUGGUGCCAUGUCAGAGUGCCCUGGAGUCCAUCCAGAGUGUCCAGACAGCCCAGGCCCCUCACUGGGCAAGCCUCCAGCAAAAUGUGGCACCAGUUCUGGGUCCCAGCACCCGCUUUCCUGAAGGGAGGUCUCUGCCUCUGCUUACUGAGAGCCCCACGUGUGAAGCAGCAGAAGCUGCACUGAGCCCUCUCCAGGAUGAAGUCUGUCUCCGUCCUACACCCCCGAUCUGCACAGCGGUCGCCUUGGCUGUGCCUGGUGCUGCUCUGGCCUUACCUCCUGGAGUGCUCCUUCAGGAAGAGUCAGCCUUGAGGGAGGAAACCGAAGCCUGGGCCAGGCUACACAAGUCUCUAUUCCAAGAUGAGAGUCUUGUCGCCCUGGGGAAGAUUCUGUGUCUCUUAGGUGGGAUCCUGGAUGGGCAGGUAAGAAAUGGCAUAGCUGCCACAGCCGCCCUUGCCACAGCAGCAACUGUAGAAGUGAUCAUUCAGCGAUGCCUGUCCCAUGGAGCUCAGAGGCUGCUCUGUGUGGCCCUGGGACAGCUGGAUCGACCGCUGGACCUUGCAGAUCAUGGGAGAGUUCUAUGGCUGAAUAUCCGGGGCAAGGAGGCAGCCGUGGAGUCCAUGUUCCACAUCUCCACGCCACUGCCACAGACGACUGGGGGGUUUCUGAGCUGCAUCUUGGGUCUGGUGCUGCCCCUGGCUUAUGGCUUCCAGCCUGACGUGGUGUUGAUGGCACUGGGGCCUGCCCAUGGCCUGCAGAAUGCCCAAGCUGCUCUCUUGGCUUCAGUGCUUCGGGGUCCAGCAGGGGGCCGAAUUCUAGCAGUAGUGGAAGAGGAAUCCAUACUCCAGCUUGCAAGGACCCUGGCACAGGUACUGCAAGGAGAAGCACCUCCCAGUCUGGGCCCUUUCUUCAUGGCCUCUCCAGAGGAGAUCCGGGCCCUUAGGUUACUAAAAGCUCAGCUGGAACCUCGGUGGAAGUUGCUGCAGGUGGCUGCUCCUCCACCAGGUCCGUGCUCUCCAAUCGCUUGAAAUCGGUCAAGGCGGACGAUUCCUAUCCGGAGAAGAGCACAUUCAGGUCCUAACGAACCGUCGCCGGAGACCUACGUCCCAUCUGCAGCCCGGGCAUU